UUCCAGGAACAGCACAACGGACAUCAUCGUAGAUAUGGUCUUUUGACCAUUAAGUACAGCAGGCCUCAGGAAACACCGGUGUGGUUUGCACCGUACCCUGCUGCAACAGGAAUGAUUACCUACCGUACAAAUGGUUAUGUACAAGACGCCUCAGCUCCGGCUGUGAGGAGCAGGGAGAGGGCUGUGGACUGCCCAGGGCAGGAAGGUAGCCCCCUGAAAUCCCCACACUGCAGCACCAAAAUGGAGAGAAUCCAGCAUUACCAGGAAGAGCUGAGAAAGCGUAGGGAGGAGGACAGCAAGGGGAAGCAUAAUAUUGAUGCAAAUACUUCACUGAGACUUAAGAAGCUGUCUCAGAACCCAAAGAUUGGCAUUGACAAUCCCACCUUUGUGGGGAAGGAGAAGACCACCAAAGAAGUGACCUGCCUGCUUCCUGUUGUUGAACUGGAGGAACUGCUGCAGGUUCUGAAGUGGGUUCAGAACUGCUUGAAUGAUUCUCAGAGUCAGCAGGACGUCGAAGCCGUAUUGCAACUCCUUGCCAGGGAAGAAUUCAGGAACGCCUACACUAUCUACAGCGCUCUGUCCCAGCAGAUGAACAGAGUCAGUCCCACCUCGCCUCUAACAGUACAAGCACAGGAUCUGUGCCAGGAGGUUCAGAGGAUCCUCCAGACAAGCCAACAAAAGGAGGGUUUGGAGCUCAGCGCGCUGCUCACCAAUCCCCAUCUCCAGGCACUGAUGCAGGCUCAUGACAGUGUAGCCGUACAGGAAAUCCCAGAGGAAAGUGUGACCCAGUACCUCGGAGAGACGGUUAAAUUAGUGCGGCUUCAGAAGGCCAGAGACACCCCUCUGGGUGCAACAGUGCGUAAUGACAUGGACAAUGUGGUGGUGAGUCGUGUGGUGAAAGGCGGCGCGGCAGAACGGAGCGGACUCCUCAGUGAGGGAGAUGAGAUCCUGGAAAUCAACGGGAUUCCUAUUCGUGGAAAACACAUAAACGAAGUUCACGAUUUAAUGCAAGAAAUGCAAGGAACUCUAACCUUCCUCCUCAUACCGAGCUCUCAUAAUAAACCUGCUCCUCACAGGCAAAGUGUGAUGCAUGUGCGAGCUUACUUUGACUAUGAUCCCUCUGAUGACCCCUUCGUGCCGUGUAGGGAGCUGGGUCUUUCCUUCCACAAAGGAGAUAUACUCCAUGUUAUUAGCCAGGAUGACCCCAACUGGUGGCAGGCCUACAGAGAUGGAGACGAGGACAACCAGCCUCUGGCUGGCCUCAUUCCUGGUAAAAGUUUCCAACAACAGAGAGAGAGCCUAAAGAAAACUGUACCAGACAGAAGUCGGGAGCAGCAAGGGAAGAUUUGGUGUUCAAAGAAAAGCAGGAAACUAAGAAGAAGGAACACAUCAGCAUUGAACAGAAACACUGACUACGAUGACAUCUUGACCUAUGAGGAAAUGUCACUCUACCACCAGCCUGCUAAUCGUAAACGACCCGUAGCUCUGGUUGGUCCGGCGAACAGCGGCCAUGAUGAGUUGCGGCGUAGACUUUUGUCCAUAGAGCCAGAGAAGUUUGCCGUAGCUGUUCCACACACAACCAGAAACCCGAGGAUACAUGAGCGAAAUGGACGUGAAUACCAUUUUGUCAGUCGCUCCACCUUUGAGACAGACUUGGCUGCAGGGAAGUUCAUUGAAUCUGGGGAGUAUGGGAAAAACCUUUAUGGCACAAGCAUAGAAUGUGUCCGACAAGUCGUCAACUCUGGUCGCGUCUGUUUGCUCUGCCUUCACACGAGGUCCCUGCCAGUGCUAAGGUCCUCCAACCUCAAACCAUAUGUCAUCUUCAUUGCUCCUCCUUCUCAAGAACAACUACGCACUCUACUGGCCACAGAGGGGAAAACACUAAAGCCGGAGGAGCUGAGGGAGGUCAUUGAAAAAGCCCGUGAGAUGGAGCUAAAUUACAGCCAUUUUUUUGAUGCAACCAUCGUAAACUUUGAUCCAGACCAAACGUUCCAGGAGCUGCAAAGAUUAAUAGAUAAACUGGACACUGAACCGCAGUGGGUGCCGACAUCUUGGCUCUGCUAGAGGGGGCUGUGUGUCAACUCAGAGUCUCAGGGAAUGAGAAGGUAAAGGAAAAGAGACGGACAGUAUUAUGCUCACACUGGAUUUUCCCUUGCACAUUCUCUCUUUUUUGGAGCUUAAUUGUUACUCAGGCGGACAUAAGUGUUGGUCUUUGCUGAUGAUUCUCCUUUCGAUAAUUGUUUGGUCUUAGUUUUAUGCAAAAUAAUGUGUUUUUUCAUAUAGAUAUAUUUCUAUUAUAUUUCUUAUAGUUAUUUAUAAUUGUAAAUAUACAUUUUUAGACAGAGUUUAAAUAUUUUUUUUUGUCACAGGUGGGUGUGCCACACCAGAAACGGCACAUUUGACGAGUUCUUAAAAAGCGUUCUGAUGAAACUGAAAGCCAAAACAUCUUAAAAGGUCUUAGAAGUAGAUUCAAUAGAUUUUAGAGCAGUCUUCCUUUCAGAGUAAAAAACCUGCUGUAGCUCUCUCAAUAUCAGUAUUGUGUCUCAUACGCCUUGCAAAGUAUUUACACUUUGAGCUUUUUACAAUUUUGUCACAUUACAACCAAAAAAAGUGAAUUAUUUGCAUUUUCUUUCAUAGAUCAAUAACAAUGAUUUAAUAACUAUCAAACUGAAGAAAAAGGACACAUAAUUAGUAAAUGUGGUUGCAUCUGCAUCUAGAGCCACUUUCCCAUCCACAGCAUGAUGCUGCCAUAGUUUGCCAUAGGGAUGGUGGGUUUAUGGCGCUAUGUAAUGUUAGCUUUCCACAAUGACAGGCAUUCUGGUCUAAUCUGACAAGAGACAUUCAAUCUUCGGAAGCUUUCUAGCAAACCUAAAACAUUGCUUCAUAUUACAAUAAAUAAAAACCCAAUAAAAUACAAAGAUUGUGAUAAAAUGUGAAAAGUUUCAGGAGUAAACAUGCCUUUGCCUGGUAAUGUAUUCUUCAACAACAACUUGAGGUUGUUUGCUAUAUUACCUUUGUAUUGUUGUGUGUUGCUCACUUUGUAAAAGUGUUAAUAAAUUCAGAUGUGCAAA